CUUGUCUAAAAUUGUUACGCCAUAAGUGUUUAUAUUUUAUUUUUGACAUUUUCAAUCAUUUUAUUUUAAAAUGGGAUGUGAUGGAGGAACGAUACCCAAAAGAGACGAACUUGUCAGAACGAAGAAAAAGCCAGAACAGAAAGAUAAAACCGCAGAUCUUGACGCAAAAUGGAAACACUGUGCAAUCACACAGGAACAGCUGCGUGAACCGAUAAUGGCCUGUGAGCUUGGCAAAUUGUACAACAAAGAGGCAGUCUUAGAGUUCUUGAUCGACAGGAGUAAAUUUGAGUGUGCCUCAAGCUUUGAACAUUUGAAAGGACUCAAGGAUCUUAAAGAGUUGAAGUUGACAGAAAACAAAGGCUAUGGUCGACCAAAGAGUGAGAAGGGGGACAGCUACAUUGACACCCAGGACGCCAAGUAUAUCUGUCCGGUGGUCGGGAUCACCAUGAACGGGAAGCACGGGUUUAGCUACAUCUGGUCCUGUGGGUGUGUGUUGUCAGACAGAGCUCUCAAAGAGGUCAAAUCGGACAUCUGUCAUAAGUGUGGCAGCAAGUUCACUCAGGAUGAUGUGAUCACACUGAACGGAACGGAGGAGGAAGUGGAGAGACUACGACAGAGAAUGAGGACCAGGAAGGAACAGGCCAAGCUAGCCAAGAAAGCCAAAAAGCACAAAGUGGAAACAUCAGAAUCGGAAACAAAGACUUCAGAUGUAAAGAAAGCCAAAACUGAAAAGGUAGCCACAAAGACUUCCUCCAAGGAGGGGGCAUCAGGAGGACCCAAGGACAAGACCCCCAACCCCCUCAGCAUUCAGAAGGACCCCAAGACCAGCGCCACCUACAAGUCUCUCUUUACCUCCUCCAACAAGGCAAAGAAUCAGCAGUCUGCACAUUGGGUCACCUACAAUCCCUUCUACAACUGACUUCUCAUACUGAUCACAAUAGCCAGAGACUACAAAUCAGGAUCAUUGAAAACUUUUUCAAAAACAUAUUGUUUUAAUGAAACAGAAUUUUGUCAGACAGUGUGCAUGUAUAUUUUAUCGAAUAAGGUUAACAUUGUAACAUUUCUGCUAUACUUUUCCAUUACUUAAUAUUCUGAAGACUAUUUAUAAAUGUGUCAUUUACCCACAUACAUCAAUGCAAGACAUUCACCUUCAUUAGUAUGUUCCAUGUACUAGUAUUUCAUCAUAUAGAUUGAUGUUAUACAAUUACAGAAAAGUUUUCUGUUCAACAUUGGAACAACUUUUCCAUGCUAAAGGAAAGUAUUUUUAAUUAUUUAUAUGAAUUUUAUAUUUAAUGGGGGGAGUGUUUAACUAUUGUAAAAUUGGCAAAUUAUUGUUCAAUGUGGUACAGGCUUAAGGUGCCUUUGAUUUGUCAAUAAAUAACACAAAAAUGGA